GUAGGUAGGUAAUUCUAUUCUAUUCUCCCCCCAAGAGUUAAGAAUUUAAGCUCAGAAAACGGCGAUGUCGGCCGCCCGAUCAGCUUUCCUCCGAAAUGCUCUUCAAGGGGGCUCUCGAACCUCCCUUCUUCCCCAGAGACGCUUUUCCUCUUCCGCUCAUCAUGAUGAUGCCUAUGAAGCGAAAAAAUGGGAAAGGAUAACCUACUUGGGGAUUGCUUCAUGCACUAUUUUAGCCAGUUAUAUCCUAUCAAAGGGACAUCCCCACUACGAUGAGCCUACUCCGUUCGUGUACUUGCACGUUCGCAACAAGGAGUUUCCAUGGGGUCCUGAUGGUCUGUUUGAGGUUAAACGCCACUAGGAUUGUUGGCCUUGGACAUUGAUAUCCGAAGUUAUUCAUUUCGCAGUUUCUGUAGGAGGAUCCGUCAGGCAAACCUGCAUAUUUGUUGGAUCUUUUAUUUAAACUUUCAUUUUGAAUGUUGAUUGUGAUUCUUUGAAGUCGCAUAUGACAAGUUUGUCCAGGUUAUGUUAAUAAAAUUGAUGAACGAUUGCAGUUUUUUUCUUCUCCA